AUGAGCUCCAAACCUGAAGCGCCCGACGCAUGGGAGGAAGAUUGGGAGUCCCAAGCUGACAAACUAGCCGAUCAGCCUACCCCGCCGUCUGAGAAAAAAGUUUCAUCCAAGGUCACAAAGGCCCAACGCAGAGCACAACAAGCUGAGUUUAACAGGCAGUUAUGGGCAGAAGCAGAAACCCCGCAGACAUUUCACUUUGUGGAAGCACGCUCUGAAGUACCGCUCAAGCAAGACUUCAAACCCCCAGUCACAUUACUCAGUCGCAGACCCCAAAUAGCGACCCGAAAUUCAGCUUCGUCGGGUGGUAUCGACCGUGCAGCAGCUGGAUUGGGGCAACUUGGUCUUGACGACGAGGACUCCGAUGAAGACACCAACAAGCGUGCCGAGCCGACCCUAGAGGAACGCCAAGCGAUAGCACUAAAGAACCGUGAAGAGAAGCAACGAAAGUACGAAGAGGUGCGCGAGAGGCUCUUUGGCAGUCCAUCCGCAAACACAUCAGGAAACUCUUCCCCGGGAAGUACAACACCGCCUCGCCAGUCCCAGUCUGAGGGCCGAGGCAAGGGCAAGGGCCGUGGUGGAAGUGGAGGACGGGAAUACCGCGAGAAAAGGGAUUCUUCUACAGCUUCUUCGACCAAGUCAAAACAUCUCUUCGACCCUUCUACUUCAGCUAAGCCGAAUGGAUCAUCGCAGCAACGCCGCGAGCGUCAACCAGGCAACCAGAACAGCCCGGAUAAGCAGAACACCCCCCAACAACCAUUACGCAACCCACGAGGCCCGGAUGGAAGUGGAAGGGGCGGGUUUGGAUUUGCCAACAGAGGUGCACGAGCAAGCUAA